UACAGGACUCUGCAGGACUUUAUCCCGGACUGAUUUCCCAUUGCCGACCCUGCCGGCCUCGCCUGAUUUCGGAUUUGGCAGCUGAAGGAUUAUCAGCAUCCAUGGCGUCUUAGCAGUGCUCUCAUCAGGUGACCUCACAGCUGAUCGACCAAUCACAGAGCUCAGAGAGACCGUCGAGGCUCAUCCACCUGUCACUCUAAAACCCGGGACGAGUCUCAAACCUGCAGAGGAGCCUCCUCAAUCCUCCAUCUGCUGCACUGCGCCUCCUCCUCUGGGCUCAGGAUCCAGAUUUUAAACCGUUUACAGUCCAGCAGGCAUUUUGAAUGUAAUUUUUGGGCCAAAAUAAGAGCAGAGGAGACGGAUAUCGGGUGAAGGAAGCUGAUUGUGUCCUGAGGCUCAUGCUGAAACCCUUUUCCCCCUCAGCCGGAUCAGAUCGGAGACAGACGGAGGAGUUUGUGAUCGUCUGCUGCUCUGCAGACUCCGGCAGCCUCCUCCUCACUCAGACGACCUACAUUCAAGGAGGGAAACGGCUCGCUGACAGAUCCUCCUCGCCGGGUUUAUCCGCAGAGAAACGGCACCAUGCCGACCGUCAAGAGCAAGAAGAAGAAGCCGAAGAAGGAGGCGACGGAUGGCGAGGAGCAGGGAGAAGGAGGCGUGGACGUGGAGAUGGAGGACGCGUCCAACAGGAGACACUCUGAGAGCAAAGAGCCUCUGACCCCGGAGCCGCAGGACCCAGCACCACAGAAGAAGAAGAAAAAGAGGAAGACGCCCACCAUCGAUCAUGAAGCAGAAAACGCCGACUUGCCAAACGGUGACGCGGCCGAGCCGGACGCUGACGCAGAGGAAACCACUGCGGCUGUGACCAGAAAGACGAAGAGGAAGAGGAAGGCGAAGAUGGCGGAGCACUACAGCAACGACCUCGGAGCCGAAGAGGACGACAUCGUCACCGAGCCCCAGUCCCCGAUCCCCCAGCAUUCCCUGUUCUCGGCCCCGCAGGGCCACAGCCAGCCGGUCGGGAAAGUCUUCGUGGAGAGAAACAGACGUUUCGAGGCCGCGGGAGUUGGGCAGCUCCGACACUCAGAGCUGAUGGACGACUACAUGGACCCCCGACAGAGCUGCACCACCAGAGACGUUGCCAUGAGAGUCCACUGUGGCUUCAGGGUCAUUGGUCUCUUCUCUCAUGGGUUCCUGGCUGGUUACGCCGUGUGGAACAUCAUCGUCGUGUAUGUGCUGGCGGGCGAGCAGAUGACCACGCUGCCCAACCUGCUGCAGCAGUACCACGCUCUGGCCUACCCGGCUCAGUCUCUGCUGUACCUGCUGCUCGCCGUCAGCACGGUGUCUGCGUUCGACAGAGUGAAUCUGGCCAAAGCGACCAUGGCUCUGAGAGGAUUCCUCACUCUGGAUCCUGCUGCCAUCGCCUCCUUCU